UCAAACUUCCUCAAUAGCAGCUCCAUCAAUUUCUCGGUCUCCAUCUUGGCCUGAGUUCUUGUUAAAGGCAUCCACUAAAAUGAGCUUCCAAAUAUCCUUUACUUCUGACACCAAUUGUAACGAAAUUCGGGAACACACUUUUAUUGUCAACGUCAAAAACACUAACCUAACUCGCCUUGACUGUCGUUUAAUUGUUUCCAAAAUAAAAACUGACUAAACAAUUAAAACUGAAUGAAUUGUCACGAAGCGCGUCCUUUUUAAAACCCGAUGGAACAGUUUCGAAAUAUUUAGAAUUAUCUUCAUUGUUUUUGCCCAAAGAGACCAAUAAUUUUAGGAGAAUACUGACAGUCAAAGCAAGCAAGUAUACAAAUUCUAGAAAAUUAGAACUACAGGGAUUUACAAUAAUAUAACCUAAAUAACUUAAAUUGGGGCCAAAAUGGGGCUCUUAAACAAGAUGAACUACCUAAAAACUAAACACUAUAGAUGAAAAUAAUAAACCAAACGUAAGUAGAACCCUAAAGAAACCCUACGAAUCAACAUUAACCACAGAAUACUAAUAAAAUUGUACAAAAACUAGCAGAAUAAUUUACGUAUUUACAUUUUUAUAAUAAUAGUUUUUUUCCAACACCUUUCUUCUUUCUUAGUGCUAAUUGAACUUAAAACAUAUUUCAGUGAUAAGAAAAAAAGAUUCUUUUAAGAGAAACGCGAAAAUCUUGUGAUCUUGAUCUUCAACUUCGAAUCUUAUAAAUUUCAUAUACUAUAUUACAGUUUUGGUCUAAUAUAAAAACAAAAACAUACAAAUAAUAAAGUAGGUUUAAUUUUUUGCAAAACUUUCUUCUGUUCGGUACUAAUUGGGGCCAAAAGAUAGAUCGGUGCAGAGGAAGUAGGCAUAUUUGUUUUUUUAAUUACGCUUGGGAUUUUAUCUACUGUAUAUGUGUAUACGGUCAGACUAACCGUAAUUUAAUUCAAUGCUAACUUCUUGUUCAAACAUCUAAGUCUCACCCAAAGAAUGUCUUUCUGGUUCACUUAGUCACCAAGAAAUAUACGCCAGUUUACAUCCGCACUUGCUACAUGAUAUAUCUUUUAAAAUUAUUUAAUUAUGAGUGGUUUUUGGAAAUUCGCGAUUGUGUUUUGUGUUUUAAUUGUGCACGUUGCUCAGAUAAAUGGAAAUUUUGAACAUAUUAAGAACCCAUAUUUUCAUUUUCCAUAUGGAGGUCCUUAUAUGGGCAUUUUAACGGCUUUCGCUGUGCCUCUUAAGGCCCCUACUCCAGGAGAUGUGUUUAUAGCUGUAAACUUUGAGGCAACUUAUGGUUUACCUGAAAACCAAACGGAAUUUGCUUUUCCGCCCAUCAUUGCUGCAACUGCACGUCAAAUUCUAUAUAAUUUAUUUGAGCGAAAACUUGAAAGUCAUGGUCAUCCAGGAAAAGCCUGCCUGCUAAGAGCCAUCUGCGAAAGCACUGAACUUUCCACAUCUGGUACCGGUAUACUUGGAGACCUUGUUCAUCUAGUAUUAACGCCAUCCACAUCUUUGAAUACCAACCUUACCAAGGAAUAUGAAGAAGCAGAAGAACAAGCCGCUAAAACAGGUCAUUGUAAGAAAUACAAGAAGAAUUGUUCAUUUAGUGUUUUAAAAAUGUUUACUUAUGUGGGAGAUAUUUUAAACAAAAACGGUAUUUCUAAGUUUCUUGGGAUAAAUAACAAUUCAACAAAAAUUUGAAUAUUUAAAAGAAUAAAAGUUGUAAUUCUUA